AUGGCCUCAUCAACCCAAGUCCUUCCAGUCCCUGCACCGUUCUCCAACUCGUCUUACGAGCUCUCCUUCUGGGGUCCUUCCUACAAAUGUCAGCGACUGGGAGAAGCUCUCAUGGAGAUAGACGGGGUGACACAGAAACUGUGGGAUAGCGAAUUUCCAGACCCGCAAUUCCAGACAACAAGGAUCUACAUGGGGACUGCACCUUCGGAUCUCAACAAUACCAUUUUCAUAUCAGCUGCAGGAAGCAAUCCGCUGUGGAAUGACAACGCCACACAGCCUACUGAGCUUGUCUGCCAGCUUUGGAAUACCUCCUACGUGGUCGACAUGCAUUUCACCAACGGCAUUCCAACGCUGACGCCGAUCUCAGUCGACCACGUCGCCUAUGCCAACUGGAGUGAAGGGGCAGCUUCUAGCUCCGCAGCGCCUUCAUACUCAGGAUUAGAUCCAACAGUGAAUGCAGGCUUCUACAUAAUGCACAUGAUCCUCUCGGGCCUUCUCCAAGGUGAACUAGUCCAGAGUAAGAGAGCGGGAGUAUGGGAGAACAAGACUGUUGCAUCUACGACGACAUACACCGAUACGUCAUUCGCGUACACCGGUCUCUUUUCCUGUCCAGAACUAUGGAAUACCAGCAGCUAUUAUUAUAGUCAUGGUAACGACUCCACUGGUUUGUGCCGGAACGGAACCUUGGCCCAGGCAAUCGAGGACCUCAGCCACAAUUUCACCUACAGUCUGCUCAGCCUCAAUGGCGGAAACACCACCGUCAAAGUGGUGGACCUAACCUACCGCAACUACUAUAUCUACGGCCCUACGUCCUUGCUAGCGGCUUACAUGAGUGCGCUGGCUGUCACGAUUGCGUGCGUCGUCGUCGGCUUCUGCUCCCUGCGACGAAACGGCGUCCCCCAAAACAACUCGUUCUCAAGUUUCUUGAUGACGACGCGGAAUCCGGAGCUGGACCGCUUGGCUAUUGGUCAUUGCUUGGGAUCCGAGCCGCUGAAGGGGAAUAUUGAUAAGGUUCGGUUGCAGUUUGGGGAGGUCGAGGGCGCGAAUUUGCAGCAUAGGCAUGCGGCGUUCGGGUCCAAGGGUUCGGUGACAACCCUCUCUAAGGGCGAGGAUUAUUACUAG